UGGCUAGUAGACUUAAAAGAUAUUGUCGAGCUGGCUUUUAAGCCGAUCGGUCCUCGAACGUUAUAUUGGGAUAGCCCAUCGGACCCUGACAAUCCACACAAUUAAUCUACUUGGAAAAAAAUGGUACACUACGAUGACCGGAGCUAUGUUGUGUUUAGUGGUUACGAUGGGCUCGUCCCUGUAAGUGAGCGGUGUUCCAUGAAUGGUAUUAGGGUAUGGGUACAGCGAGAUGCUUGCGCUUUCAGGACUCACCUUUUACUUAUUGGGUCUUUCCACGGUGAUCAGCGCCCCACUUUCCGAGGUGUUCUGCCGGAAACCUAUCUACGCUAUUUCUCUGCCUCUUUCAAUGCUUUUUACCGUGGGAGUGGCGCUAUCAGACGGGAUUUUGCGCAUCGUGCUGCUCGUUCGGUUUUUUUGCCGGUGUAUUUGGCUCGCCUGCGCUCUCUGUGACAUCUGUGACCAUUUUGGACAUGUGGGACAUUACUUAGUUUCAAUUGCCUCUAUUUUAUUUGGCACCUUUCUUGGGACCAGUCAUCAGUCCAAUUCUUGCGAGAUUUGCGACCGAGAAGCAGGGUUGGCGAUGGGCAACAUACAUACAGCUCAUUGCCGAAGGGUUAUCAUCCCAUUCAUCGUGCUGAUGUCCAAAACUUACAAGACGGCCACCCUCACCAAGCGCGCGCAGAAGCGGAAGAUCAACUUCAAAAAACCUUAGGGUAAGGAGAAGAAAGAGUUCAUGAAACUAACGGUAAUACUAACUCUGUUCAGACCCGUAAAAAUGCUUCUAACCGAGCCUACAGUCCUGGUGGUUUCCGUUUACGUAGCAAUUAUUUUUUGCAGUCUUAUUUGCUCACUUCGAGGCCCAUCCUGUAAUCCUUCGUGGAGCGUAUCAUAUGUGGUUGGGCCUGCCUGGCCUCGCAUUUAUUGGUAUUGGUGUCGGUAUAUGGAUGGGUUCCAUCUUCUACAUUAUAUUUGACCUGCACUGUUUAUUCCCUCCUGCACCAACAGGGACUCCGCAAAUGGCUCAACGAUCAAGUAAGAGAACUAGGUCAUUUAGAGGACAUCGGCGAAUUAUUGCCUAUCAAACCUGAAAGACUUCUCGAUGUUUGCAAAAUGGGCACCAUUGCAUUACCGAUCAGCUUGUUCUGGCUCAGCUGGACUUCAUGGGCCAACGUCCAUUGAAUGGCCCCAUUGCUGCAGGAGAACCAUUUGGUUCUGGUCUGAUUUUGAUCUUUCACAGCGUCAUCAUAUAUUUCUCCAGUUCUUACCCGCCAUUAUACUUGGCAUCAGAUUUAACCGCUAAUAACCUGCUGCGGUAUGUCACAGCUGUCUUUUCCCACUAUUCACCAUUCAAAUGUAUGAGAAGAUGA